ACGACAGCCCCAGGAGCAAGAGCGCUGUCCAGCAACCUCUGCAGCUUAAAACAAUUAUCAAAGUGAUUCAAAGUGCGCUGGGGCUGCAAAACAAAAAUCAGAUAAACAACUCUUAUUUUUCUCUCUAAAUCAACAAGUUACUUGGAAGAAAGAAUAAGGACAGCAUCGUUGGAUGGAACACUUUUUUGAAAUGGUUCGCAAUGUCAUUAGAUGGAGGAGGUUGGGAUGAACGAUUGAAUGAGGUGAUGACAAUGUCUUAACAAAACCAGCCACUGGGAGCUGCACUUAUGACACCGAAAAUGCUGAGGCACUCCAUCAGAGUCAUCUAUUUCAUUCUACUUGGAGUUCUUGCUGUUGUGAGCUCACAGUGUGUCCAUUUGUUGGAGUUACAUAGUGAACUACAGUACAGUCUGCGGGUCCGAUACAUGAAGGAUUACUUGCCAGUUAACUACGCUAUGAAGGUUCACUAUGAAGAUAUUUAUAGAACAAUAAAUGUUACUCGCAUGCAAAAAAGAAAUUUUACUGAAAUAGACCUGAAAUUGCUAUGGGUUUAUAUCAAUUCUCAAGUCCUGGAGACAGUCCUCGAAGUCCUCCCAAAAAGGCACCCGUCCAGAGCUUACGUGGAGGGCAUCUCCACUCUCUUUAGUUAUUUGAGGAUGGAUAUGGAAGAAAUGAUUGAAGACAUUGAAGAUGAGCGAGUGGAGGAAGUACUAUACCGUAUUAGUGAUGUGGAUGAGCACAGCAAGAGCAAGUCCAUCAGGCCCAAAGCUUUAUUUGAUAACUGUUACCGGGUCAUGAAACAACUCUUCCACUGUAACUGGAGAACUUGAUCGCCAGUCUACUCAUGAUGAAUGAUUUCAUCAUUAUGGCCUGCCGCUAGCAACAGCAUCUACUCUCCACAUGCGUGCGUCUCCCUCCUUGCGACUGGAAGCAUCUGGAACAGUAUCGCCCACUCUCACCCAGCUUCUGAGCGUUGAGAUGUGGAAUGCACUUGCCAUUGGCUGGAGUAUUAGACAGGACCUCUUAGAACUGUACAUGCAGACAAUGGCCACUGGCUUGCUAUUUAUUCAUUUCUCUCUGACGUGACUGUGGGUGUUGUAAUUGACUUCAAUGAAGCCUUUUUCCCUGUUUUGCCCCCACCCCAUUCUGCAUACUGCCAUUUAUUGGCUUUCCAUUUGACUGAGAGUUCAAUCUGGACAAGGUCCGUGCUAAUUUCUUUCCAUAACCCAGGAUCAUUGAAGUGGAAAGCUUAGGUUCUGCCCCCGACCCCAUCAUGCCCAAACUCAGCAAAAUAUCUGUUAUGAACCGAUAACAAAAAAAAAUUCUGGCUGCGUAUUGUAGCUGUGCAAUGUAAAGAUUCCAGUGUAAGGAAGAAAGCAAUGAGGAUGUGAAGUGUGCCUGCUUCCAAGAAGGAAUAACAUUGAAAACUUGGAUCAGGCAAGUGCAAAUCAACCAUGUUUGUGCCAGAAG